AUGCGCAUACACCCAGUUUUCCAUAUCAAUCUCCUAACCAAAUUUCACCCCGACCCCCAUGGCUGCGAUCCUCCUCAACCUGCACCCCUUAUCACAGAAGAAGGAGAAGAGGAAUACGAAGUAGAAAGAAUCAUAGACAGCAAAUGGAAAGGACGGGGGAAAUCAAGAAAACUCUGGUACCUAGUCAAGUGGAAAGGUUAUGACGAAGGAAGCAACUCAUGGGAACCAACAGACAAUGUGGGGAAUACUCAAGAAGCCUUAGAGGAAUUUUAUAAGGAACAUCCUGAGGCAGUUGGAGCUUGA